AUGAUCAGGUACUUUAGAGGCUGUAUUAUACUGCAACUUUCAGAAGGAAAAGGAAAAUCAAAAGGGAAAGAAGAAGGGAAGGGAGGAGGAAAAGGUGGAAGAAAAGGGAAGAGAAAUGCGGGAAAGAAAGAGAAAAGGGGAGGAAAGGUAAGGGGAAAGGAAAAGGCAAAGGGAAAGGAAGGGAAAGGAAGGGAAAGGAAGGGAAAGGGAAAGGGAAAGGGAAAGGGAAAGGAAAAGGGAAAGGGAAAGGGAAAGGGAAAGGGAAAGGGAAAGGGAAAGGGAAAGGGAACGGAAAGGGGAAGGAAAAAGGAAAGAAAAAGGAAAGGAAAGGGAAAGGGAGAGGAAAAGUACCGUUGA